AGACUUCUAGAUUCAUACGUUCAGCACCUCACUGGACCACUGUACACAAGCUGAUCAAAAUGAAGAUCGCAAUUUGCCUACUGUUCGCCAUCUGUAGCGCUGUAAGCGCCUCUUGGAAAGGAUAUAGUGGAGGAUACGGAGGUGGAUAUGGUGGAUAUGGAGGAUAUGGUGGUGGUAUAGGAUACAGUGGUGGUUCAGGAUACGGAGGUGGUUAUGGAGGAUACGGAGGUGGUUAUGGAGGAUAUGGUGGUUAUGGAGGAUACGGAGGUGGUUCUGGAGGAUACGGAGGUGGUUAUGGAGGAUAUGGUGGUUAUGGAGGAGGAAGAAAAAUAUUUGUUGUAAGAGUUGGAGGAUAUGGAGGAGGAUAUGGUGGUUAUGGAGGCGGAGGAUACGGUGGUGGUUAUGGAGGAUAUGGUGGUUAUGGUGGUUAUGGAGGUUAUGGAAGUGGUGGUUAUGGUGGUUAUGGAGGUUAUGGAAGUGGUGGUUAUGGAGGUUAUGGUGGUUAUGGAGGUUAUGGUGGUUAUGGAGGAGGAAGUAGUGGAGGAGGUGGUUAUGGAUAUGGAAAGGGCAAAGGAUAUUAAAAACAGACUCUCACCAAAAUCGGACAACGAAUGAUAUUGUUUUUUUACAAUUCUGAUAUAAAAUAUAAUCGUUGCAUUCAA